UCUGUACUGUAAAAUGUCAUAGUUUGCUUAAUUAUUUAACAUAUUUUAUUUUAUUUUACAAAACUUUCUAAAUUUUAAAUACAAAAAUAAUUUAUAUGAAAAUGUUUCUGCGUAAAAUAAUCACCCAACAACGUCCACUACUAGUGCAGAUAUUUUCCAAACUUGACAAACGGUGUAUCUCGGUCUCGAGCCAAAAAUACUCGGCAGAUAUUUCGUUUCAAGAUUUGAAAGUGAAAACAUUUUUGGAAAAUAUUCGUAAAGAGUUUUACGACCUUCGUGUAAAUAAUGAAGAUUUUCAAAGAAUGAAUAAGAUUUCAGAAAUCGUUCGGUCAAUUGAGCAGCGUAAUGUCCUCCUGGGAAAUAUAACUUCCCUUGAUGAUAUGAAAAAUGAAAAAGAUGAGGACAUGAGGCAGCUAAUUAAGGAAGAGAAUCAGGUAUAUGCGGAUCUUCUGAGCAAAACCGAAGAACAACUCUUCCAGCAAAUGUUAACCUUAGCCGAUGACGAAAGUUAUUCGUCACUAAUCUUCGAAGUAAAUGCCGGUGCUGGAGGCCAAGAAGCUAUGCUCUUCGCCGGAGAACUCUUAGAUACUUACUGGAAUUUUAUGCACUACAAAGGGUGGGAUGUGGAACCUCUUGAAGAGGAUCGAACGGAUAUAGGAGGUCUUCGUCAUGCCAAUCUCAUUGUCCACGGAGAAGAUGCCUACGAUUUUCUCAAGUACGAAGCAGGAGUACACCGUGUCCAACGCAUCCCCGCAACAGAGAAAGCCGGAAGGGUCCACACGAGCACUGCAUCGAUUGCAGUUAUCCCUCGGCCUGACGAUAUUGAUUGCACCAUCAACGAAAAAGACCUGAAAAUCGAAACGAAGCGGGCUAGUGGCGCUGGUGGACAACACGUUAACACAACCGAUUCAGCUGUCCGAAUUGUUCACAUUCCAACAGGAAUCGCUGUUGAAGCCCAGAGCGAACGAUCACAACUGAAAAAUCGAGAAAUCGCCAUAGCUCGUUUGCAAGCCAAGUUGUUGCAAAAGAAACUUGAAGAGAGUGAGAACAGCAAGAGUGCUACUAGAAAAUCCCAAGUUGGAUCGUUGAACCGCAACGAAAAAAUUCGAACUUACAACUUUGCCCAGGAUCGCAUCACCGACCAUAGGAUCCAGGGAGGUACUGUGCACAAUAUGGCCGAAUACUUUAAGGGCAACCAACACCUAGAAUCCCUGAUUGAAAGACUUGCCAGGGAGAAUAGAAAAACAAAACUCCUCGAAAUGAUUUCCAAUGUGGAAUCGAAUGAUUUAUUAGAAGCAGAAAAUAAAAAGAAAUAAAACUGAA